AUCCAUCUGAGACAAUGUUCCAGUUCUUCACAAUGCUGUUGCUGGAAACGCAGCUCUCUGUGGUCUCAGCCUUAUUUACAGUUGAAGUUCCUCAACAGCGAUACAUUGUGGAGUACGGGAGCAAUGUGACCAUGGAAUGCAGAUUUCCUGUGAAUGGCUCAUUAAACCUAGGACUCCUGAUGGUAGCUUGGGAGCAAAAAAGGCAGGGUCAGUCGAAAUCGAGAGAGGUAUACACACUCCGCAAUGGGAAGGCAUUCCUUCUAUCCCAGCAUCACGAUUACACAGGAAGAGCAAUGCUUCUGCACAGUGAACUGAAACUGGGCCGAGCUAUCCUUCAGAUCACCAGUGUGAAGAUCACAGAUGCAGGAUCAUACCUUUGUCUCAUUGACUACCAGGGUGUGGACUACAAGUACAUUACAUUGGAAGUGAAAGCAUCCUACAAGAGGAUAAACACUCAAGUUAUGAGAAAACCAAGUGAAGACAAGUUUGUUUUUAUAUGCCAGUCAGAAGGCUUUCCUCUGGCAGAAGUUUUCUGGCAAAAUGAGAACUUCAAUCUCAGUGGAUUUGCAAAUACCACCUAUACAGUGACUACAGAAGGCCUCUACAAUGUCACCAGCAUCCUGACAUUCAAACCAAAUACGAAUACAAACUACAGUUGUGUGUUCUGGAAUAAAGAACUGAAUGGAGAAACUUCAGCUCACAUUUUCAUUUCAGCUUUAUUGAGUACACAGUAUAGUGGACAAAAAUCCCUGAUUUUUUAUAUUGUCCCCAUAUGUGUGAUGGCAGCUGUCCUUCCCUCUGCACUCAUAAUCUUUCGAAAGAGAAAAUCAUUCAAGAAUGCACAACCUCAAAAAGACAGGAACAGAAAACUGAACCCUAGCCUGAAAGAUGAGAACA